GGCACCAACCAUUCCUGGAGCGACUCGCGCACCUUCAAUCACCAUUUGACACGUGGCAACGUUUGAUAUCAUUGAGUGUAGUGUCAUCGUUGCACGAUUUUAUUGUUGCAGUUGCCGGUAGAGUAAGAAGUCUAAGAACUUCAGUUUAAUACGUGGAUCUAAGAAUAAUGCAAGACUUGAUCUAAUUUUCGUGAACGUGUUUACAGUUUGUCGCUCAAAUCUUCAGUUUGAGAAUUAAUUUAUUGUUUUUGUAAAGAAAAUGGCACGGUCACAAUUUCUUUGUUUAAGCCUGCUUGCAUUAUGUGCCGUAUCCUGGAAUCCAGUGCAAGGAUUGGCAGUUAUGAGUGUGGACUUUGGAAGUGAAUGGAUGAAAAUUGCAAUUGUUUCGCCUGGUGUACCUAUGGAAAUUGUUCUCAAUAAAGAAUCAAAGAGGAAAACUCCUGUUGCCAUUGCAUUCCGCAAUGAUGAGCGAACUGUUGGAGAAGAUGCAUACAAUAUUGGAGUGAAAUUCCCUCCCAAUAUGUACUUCUAUCUUCUAGAACUCUUGGGGAAAAGUAUUGACAAUCCACUUGUCCAACUUUAUCAGAAAAGAUUUCCAUAUUAUAAUAUUGUGGAGGAUCCUGAAAGGAAGACAUUGCUUUUUCAACAUGAUAGUGAAACAAAAUUCAGCCCAGAAGAACUUGUUGCCAUGAUUUUGACAAAAGCGAAGGAAUACGCUGAAAGCUUUGCGCAGCAACAAAUUUCAGAAACUGUAAUAACUGUACCUGCGUUCUUUGGUCAAGCAGAACGCAGGGCAAUGUUGAAGGCCGCAGAACUUGCCGGAAUCAAAGUACUACAACUUAUCAACAGCAACACUGCCGCAGCCUUGGACUAUGGUAUUUUCCGGCGAAAGGAUUUCAAUGAAACUGCCCAGAAUAUCCUCUUCUACGACAUGGGCGCCUCAAGCACCGUAGCUACAGUUGCUAGCUACCAAGUUGUUAAGACGAAAGAAAAGGGUUACGCAGAAUAUCAUCCACAAGUUAGCGUGAUUGGUCUUGGCUAUGAUCGCACGCUCGGUGGUUUGGAAAUCCAAAUUAGGUUACGCGAUUUUCUCGGCAAAGCUUUUAAUGAAAUGAAGAAAACUAAAACUGAUGUAUUCCAAAAUCCGAGAGCUAUGGCCAAACUAUUUAAGGAAGCCGGAAGAGUAAAAAAUGUUCUGAGUGCAAAUGUCGAUCAUUACGCCCAAGUGGAAAACUUGCUUGAUGAACAAGAUUUUCGUUAUCAGGUGACGCGCGAACAGCUGGAGAACCUCUGCUCUGACCUGUUUGAAAGAGUUACUGUUCCGAUCGAGCGCGCAUUGGCAUCAGCAAAGCUUACUUUGGACGAAAUAGGUCAUAUUAUCAUAGUAGGAGCUGGAACUCGUAUGCCGAAGGUUCAAGAAGUUUUGACCGCAUUCACGAAACGGGAACUUGGCAAGAAUUUGAAUGCGGACGAAGCUGCAGCGUUGGGUGCCGUUUAUCGAGCAGCCGACUUGAGCACUGGUUUCCAGGUUAAGAAAUUCAUGACGAAAGAUGCCGUGGUGUUUCCCAUCGAGGUCGAUUUCGAACGUGAGCUAGAUGCCGGAGAGGACAACAAAAAAGUUGUUAAAAUUGUACGUCGAACGCUAUUCCCUGCCAUGAACCCCUAUCCACAGAAAAAGGUUCUGACGUUCAAUAAGCACCAUGAAGACUUUACCUUCUACGUCAAUUACGGAAAUAUGUCAUCUUUGCCGGAAUCGGAAGUAGCCGUUAUAGGGUCGACUAACUUGACCAGAGUGCAACUUAGUGGCAUAGCCAUUGGUUUGGCUAAGCACCAAGAUGACGGUGCCGAAUUCAAGGGCAUAAAAGCGCACUUUUCUAUUGAUGAUAGUGGACUGCUUGGUCUUAGCACAGUUGAAAGUACGUUCGAAAAAAUCCAUCCUGUCGUUGAAGAACAACCUGAAGCUGCAAAUAACACUCAAGCCGACGGAACGAACAGUACAGAGGGCUCCAAUUCUACAGAAAAGAAUAACACUAGUACUAAACAAGAAAAGAAACCAAAAGUUGAAAUCAUAAAAGAAGAGAUUAGCAAAACAGAAUUUGUCCUUGAUCUUCAGGAUCUUACUGGUGCAUCUCUCACCCUGGUCCAGAAAAGAAUUAACGAAUUGAACGAAAAGGAUCGCGCUCGCAAAGAAAAAGAAAUAGCACAGAAUAAUCUAGAGACUUUCAUUCUGGAAAUCCAGGAUAAAUUGAGCCAGGAAGAAUUUCAGGCACUUGUGACUGAAGAAGACCGCACAAAAAUUUUGGAAAAAUGCUCUGAAACUUCAGAGUGGCUCUAUGACGAUGGGAGCGAUGUUGAAGCAAAGGAAUAUCAGAAAAAGCUGCAAGUGUUGAAAGAUCUUACUGGCGAAAUGUUCGAGAGACACCGUGAACAUCGAGACCGACCUGAGGUUAUCGCAGCAUUCAAAAACGCCCUGAAUGUUUCAACACAUUUUUUGAGUAAGUUAAGAAACGCUACUCCCGAUGAAAAAUAUCUAGAUGACGACGAUCUCGACGGACUGGAAACGCUUCUUGAAGAUAACCAAUCCUGGUUGGAUAAGAAAAUGCUGGCGCAAAAAGACGCACCGUUAUACGAGGCUCCUGUUCUCACGCUUAGGGCUAUCGCAGAAAAAAUGAAUACUAUGGAUAAAGAGGUAAAAAUGCUUGUGAACAAAGCAAAAAAUGCACGAACAAAACGUCUGAAAGAGUUAGCUGAGAAACUAAAGGAGUUCGACAAGAAGGCCAACGAUACCACGGAUGAAGCGAAAAAAGAAAGUGCCGAAAAGAAAGACAAAGACGCAGAAGACACAAAAGGAGACAGUGAAACUGAACAAUCUACUAAUCCUUUAGAAGAUGAUCAUGUUGAACUAAAUUUUUCUCUCCAAAUAAGUCCCUUUCUUAACGCCAUGGCAGUGCCGCGACGUGGAGUACUUCGACAUCACAAACAGCUAGCUGAAGCCGAAGUAAAAGAUAAAUUCGAAGAUUUGUUAGUGUUUGGAUACGCCUGCAAAUUGUUUCGGGACGACGAGAAAGCAGCGGAAAUUGAUCAAGGGAAACUGCUAAUACCAUGGAUGGGAGAUGAUUCAAUCAAGAUUGAUAGGUAUGAUGCGCGAGGCACGUUGUUUGACCUGAAAUCGCACGAAACCCCCCAAGGCGGCUACGAUCGCACCGAAGGGCUUACGUCUGAAGAAAAGCGCAUUGAGAGAUUGUGUGAUGAGGAACGCUAUUUCGCACUUUAUAAAGAUGAAGAGGAAGAGGCUGUCAUUAAAGAAGAGGAAAUCAAAAGGCUUAACCAAGAACUGAAUGAAGUAACAUCUGAGGAAGUUUCGUAUCAUCAGGUUCCCUUUAGCUACAACACCUCUUCUGAGGCCGAUGGUCCGAAUUUGAGCCCAAAAGAAGCACCCCUUCAAUCAACGCUUGGGCAGUUGGGUGAUGCCGUCUACGUACCUCCACCUAUGCUUGAUGUACCACCAGACAUCGUUGUGCCACCAACACAAAAGUUAGCAAGGAUUGUCGAAAAAACUGCCAACUUUAUUUCCUCUCAUGGAACUCAAAUGGAGAUUAUCGUCAAAGCCAAGCAGGCGAACAACCCCAUGUUUCAGUUUCUACAUUUUGACACCGCCUUGCAUCCUUUUUACCGUCAUAUACUUGCAGCCAUACGGAAUGGAAGUUAUGUCGUUCCAGCCGAAGAUCCUGUCGAAAAUGACGAGAAAGAAGAAUGCAAAAACAAUGGACAUGUUAAUGAAUCUGACAGUGAAAACGAAAAUUACUUACAUCCUAGCUUACAACCUAAAGCUUCAGAACAGGCUGUUCAUCGUGCAAUCGAGACAGAUUCUACCGAAGAUGUCCAGCCUAUACAACCGUCACUGGACGUUCGUCUUCUAAUGGAUAAAACGGCAAGUUAUAUGUCACGCAAUGGACGCCACCUUGAAUCUGCUGUUCAAAGCAAAGGCGACCCACGUUUUGUUUUUCUCAACCCGGAACAUGCUUUCCAUGGUUAUUACAUUCAGAAACUAUCCCUGUACAGUAGCAUGAAUCUGAACGUGGAAAUAACCAAACAAUCAGAAACACCCAACCAGUCCACAGAUAUAAAACUUGAUGUCAGGGAGAAAAGCCCUGCAGAGCGUUGUGCUAUUGAUCCUGAACUUAUGAAGACGGAACGUCGAAAAAAAGCUGCUUUAUUCCUAGAUCAAAUGAAAAGGGACAAGGCUACAGGUACUAAUAAACUUAUUACUUCAAAAUUAUCGAAAAUAUGUCCUUAUUUUACUAUAUGUUAAGGUAAAAGUGCAAUAGAAGAUGCCGAUCCGAUAGGCAUUGAAUCUACAAGUAGCUCAACGAAAAAUAGCAAAUCGUGCAGUCCUGAUGACAUAGAGAUCAUUGGUGCAGUUUCUGGAGAGGGACGAGAAAGAUCACGAAGCCGUUCGUUGUCUUGCUCUCCAUCCGAAAGUCGGCCGGAAAGAAAACGACGAGAUGUUCGUCGUCGUAGUCGGACACGCAGUCGAAGUCGAACACGACAUCGAAGCGUGAGUCGAACAAGGCGACGAAGUAGAGAGAGAAGUCGAAGUCGUACUAGACCCGUUCGUAGAAGUCCUUCACCUGAAAGACGCAGACGUCAACAUAAGAAACAUCGCAGUCGUGACAGGCGCCGAAAGGAGAAGAAGAAACGCCACAGUCGUGAUCGAUUACGUAAGAAGCGUCGUCAUCGAUCUCGUAGUCGUUCAGCAAGUGAUAGCCUCAGUCGAAGUAGAAGCCGAAGUAGAAGUCGUAUGGACAGCAGUCGAUCAGCCAGUGAGUCCAGGGUUUCACCGAUUACGUCCGCUGUUCGUAAACUUGCAGCAGACGCUGCUGCUUCCAAGAGCUGUUCCGAGGCUUCGAGUCCACUGCCGUCGCAAUUACUGACGAUUCAGCCCGCUUUCGCGAAAAUUGCUGAGGGUAUUCGAGCCAAGGUGAUCGCCAUGAUUGAAGGCGAUAAAAAGUAGCUGCAUCCUAGAAGGGAAAUGAAACCGGAUAUAUGGCGUUUUUAUUCGAUCCUCCUGUUGCAACUAAAUCAAUAAAUGGAUAAUAAUUUUUUGCCUCUACCUUCAACUA